GUCAGCCUGCGACAGAAAAACAAACGAGGAUAGGUCGAGCAGCACACAGUCUCUCCAUGUUUUAAAAGAGAAACAAAUAGUGGAACCCCGGGAUCUGUGGAUUUAAACCUGCACUGUGUCGUUUCUAACGCGCGCUCACUUUACUUCGUGUUUGUUUCUCCCUUUUUGGCGGAGUGUGUCCCCGGUUGCCCAUUCUCUCUGGAGUGAGCACUAAGGAGGACUCCAUGAAAGAUGACAGAGGAGGUGAUUGUUGUAGCCAAGUGGGACUACACGGCCCAGCAGGACCAGGAACUUGACAUCCGUAAAAAUGAGCGUCUCCACCUCCUGGACGACUCAAAGACCUGGUGGCGUGUCCGCAAUGCCGGCAACCAAACGGGGUAUGUGCCAUCAAACUACGUGGAGCGCAAGAACAGCCUGAAGAAAGGCUCGUUGGUGAAGAACAUCAAAGACACACUGGGUAAGAAGAAUUCAGUUCACAAUGGACAGCCAUUUUCAGGUCUCUCCAGAGAUGCUCAAUUGGGUUUAGGUCAGGGCUCUGGCUGGGCACUUAGAAGGCUUAACGUGAAGUUUUGA